AUGGAUGAGAACCCGUCUAAGAGGCUUCGAGAUGACCCAUCCGACACUAGCGGUCCAGCAGAGGGCUCCCCUGUCUCAAAGAAGGCGCGUGGCGCGGCGCCCACUAUAGCGAAUUCCCGUUAUGCGGACGACAGGAAGAACCUCCUCAAACUCGUACAGAAACUCACAGCCGCGGGUGCACAUGAGUUUCUUGCGGUGCCACGCGUGGUAGUCAUCGGGAACCAGUCGGCUGGCAAGAGUAGCGUUGUCGAAGCUAUCUCUGGUAUCACGGUGCCACGAGAUGCUGGAACUUGUACGCGCUGUCCCAUGGAGUGCAGGAUGGCAUCCUACAGAGGCCAAUGGUCAUGUCAGAUCUCAAUUCGCAUGCAGUACGACGAGAGGACCAAUAAGAAGCUGGACAAACCCGAUGAACAAUAUUUCGGAGAUCAGAUCACCAACAAAGGAGAAGUUGAACUCGCUCUGCGACGUGCGCAGUUUGCCGUUCUUAACCCUGAAGUCGACUAUAAACGCGUGCUGUCCAUGUCUCACGCCCAGCUCAAGGCUGGCGUUCCGGGGGCUUUGAAGUCUCUCGACUUCUCCAGAAACGUCGUCUGCAUCGAUAUACGGGGUCCAGACUUGACUGAUCUGGCCUUCAUUGAUCUUCCUGGCCUCAUCCAAGUCCACGACAACCCCACUCUCGUGACGUUGGUGGAGGGGCUUGUUGUCGACAACAUCAAGGACGAUAACUCCCUCAUACUUGUCACAAUCCCUAUGACGGAUGACCUCGAAAACCAAAAGGCGCUCACCCUCGCCCGCCAAGCUGAUAUACAUGGCACACGGACCAUCGGCGUCCUGACGAAGGCUGACGCCUUGCCACCGGGCUCUCGGGCCAGAGAGAACUGGCUUGAGGUGAUCGAGGGGCGUAAGAAGGAACUCCUUCACGGGUACUACUGCACACGCCAGCCUGACGAUGCGGAGCGAGAACAAGGCGUCGACCAUCCCACUGCACGCGCCAACGAGAUUUCGUUCUUCCAAACCACCGAGCCCUGGUCUGGAUCUACGCACAAAAGCCACUUCGGUAUUCAGAACCUUGUACGGAAAAUCGGUCCUCUUUUGCAACGGGUCAUCAAGGACAGUCUACCCCGCUUACAGGCAGAAACGAAGAAGCUUUUGGAGGAGUGCGAUACAUCACUCGCAGACCUCCCGCCGGCCAUUGACAAGGAUGUCGUCGCCUUGAUGCUCGAGCUUGUUGCCCAGCUGUCGUCAGACGUGACCGAGCUUGUCAAAGGCAGCCAAGGCAAUGAAGAACUGAUCCAGCUAUGUCGCCAGUCGUACCAACAGUUCAAGGUUACUAUCCGCGCCACCGCGCCGACGUUCAUUCCUCGUCUUCGUGGCGAGAAGCCGCAGCGUCCUGCGACCAAGCCUGCGACUCCUCGUGUAACAGAUCCAGCUGCGGCCGCCUCCACGCCUGGACCGAGUGCUGCUUCUGCCCCGGCUGGUACCGCGGGUUUUCCAUCGACAUCCGCCAGCUUUUCAUUCGCCGAUCGGCAAGGGAAUCCGAGCUAUAACUUCGGCAACGGCUCCUCUGCAGCGACUCAACCAUUGAAGAACCCUUUCGGAUCGAGCUCCCCCGGCACAGCGUUUGGUUCUAGCACCACUACGGCAACUGUUACCAACGGGUCAACGGGGUUUGCUGGUUUCAGUGCUGCUCGUCAGAACAGCGCUGCGGCGAAAGCGCCUGCGCCUGCUGCUGCACCUUCAUCUGCCACCGGCCUCGCCUCCACGCCCGGCACUUCGCCUUUCUUCCCGCCAUUUGGCUCCCCAGCUGUCGAUGACUUCGAUCUCGAUGACGACUCGGACGAGGAAGAUAUGCCUGAGUCUGCGAAGUCAGCUGCCGUCAAGAAUGGGAUGUAUCUCGACGACAUGCACGACCAUAUCGAGAAGUCACUCUCGCGCGAACUCCCGGGGGACGUACCUCUUUCCGCUAAGCAGGCACUCAUUGUCAAGUACCAAGGCGGGUGGGAGAAAGCAGCCUUGACAUGCUUAGACUCUGUUCGCCAGCGCAUCCAGGCGAUGCUCCAGGGUCUUCUACGAAGCCAUUUCGGCCGUUGGGAGUUCCUGCACGGACACGUCCGAGAUGCGAUCGAGAACUUGGUUCAGAAUCUCUGCUUAGACGCAUGGGCCUUCGUUGCGGCUAUCCUUGAGGCCGAGCGUACCCCCGCAACUCAGAACGAGCACUACUUCAAGUCCAGUCAAGAUGUCUGGAUGUCUCGCUACCGCGCCCGGCGGGGCUUGCGCUCGAAUAACGCGUUGGAUCCCGAGAAAGCACAACAGGCUCUAGCGCAGCUCGUGGGUCUCGGGUUCCACGGCCUCACCGUCGAGGAUCUGCAGCGCCUCAACCCUCCAGACGAGUACGAGCGAGAGAUGGUAGUGAUGGCGUACGUCCGUGGUUACUUCAAGGUGUCCUUUAAGCGUGUCAUCGACAUUAUACCGAUGCUCAUCGAUCUUAAGUUCCUGAGGGAACUUUCCAAGCAACUUCAACCGCACCUGCUCAAGACCCUCAACGUCGGUGGCGACGAUGUGAGGGACCGGUUCGAACGGUACUUCUCUGAGGACGAGGACGUCAUUGCCAGACGCAAAGAGCUCACGCAGCGCAAGGAGACCUUGGAGAUUGUGAAGGCUGCGCUUCACAGGUUUACUCUAUAA